AGCAGCAGCAGCGGGGCAGGAGGCUGUAAUGUCUCCCGCUUACAGCAGCGCACGGACCCCUCCGCUGUGUGUGGCAGGGCUGACAGUCUCCCGGUAACAGCAGAUGCAGCUUCGUGAGAGGACCCGGCUCUGAGCUCUCGCUCCCCGCUGACAGCCUGUCAGACACGCCCCCCGGACGGACACGCGCAUACAAAGCUCCUCAGCUGGCAGGGGUCGCUGCAGAGAGCACUGCAGGUCUCAUCCGGCGUUCCGGAAUCUGGUCCGGUCCGGCUUUUACCGAUCUAGUCAGCGCUGAGUAUACUUUUGAUUUAAUUUUUAUCUGGAGGGGUUAGUGACCUCAAUAACAUAGAUGCUCUGGCUUCCACACCCUGUGAUCCUUGAUUAAGGCACACCCACCACCUCCAUUUUAAUUGCAGCUCAUAUAGUGGCUGGGAGGCUUCGCUUCACGUGGCGAAUACCGUUUUUCAAGAAAUACCAGCAUCUAUGCCCUCUGCUUAUGUACAGAUUGUGGCUCUCCAAGCAUAGAAAACAACACUUCUACAGUAGAUUACUAGAGAGAAGCCGGAGGAGGGCCCUGUACAAUUCUGCAGUAACCUUUGGAGGAAGAAUAUUAGUAGGCGGGAUUGGAUGGAAAUGCAUUAUUAUGUCUCUGCCUCAAUCCUUCUCUGUGCUUCGGAGCUGUCCUUUGUCCUGGAUCUAGGUGGGGAAGAUUAUGCAACCUGCCAAGAAGAAUUGUUAUAGAGAACAUACUCCAAGCCUGACCCCAGAGGGAAAUGUAGUUAUGAGUUUUAGUUUUGAUAGCUGUCAGCUUGAGGAAGAAGAACUGCAGGCAAGAGCAGGCCAUCAGGCACAAGGCGUUCUCACACUAAUGGAACAAGAUGGAAACCCUGAGCCAAUGGACAGAUAUCAUGGCAUUUAUUUUGCAAUGCUGCUUGCUGGGGUUGGGUUUCUUCUUCCAUAUAACAGCUUCAUAACAGAUGUGGACUAUCUUCACCAUAAGUUUCCAGACACAUCUAUUGUAUUUGAUAUGAGUCUGACAUACAUCCUUGUGGCAUUAGCUGCAGUCAUCCUUAAUAAUGCUAUGGUCGAACUUCUUACAACACACAUGAGGAUCACAGUUGGCUAUCUUCUUGCUCUGGGACCGCUAAUCUUUAUUGGAAUCUGCGAUAUCUGGCUUGAUCUCUUUACAGUCAAACAAUCUUAUGCCAUUAAUCUUUUUGCUGUUGGGGUGGUGGCCUUUGGAUGCACAGUACAGCAAUCCAGUUUUUAUGGCUACACUGGCAUGUUACCCAAACGGUAUACACAAGGAGUAAUGACAGGCGAAAGUACUGCUGGAGUAAUAAUCUCUCUCAGCCGCAUAUUUACAAAGCUUUUGCUACCAGAUGAGAAAGAGAGCACAGUAAUCUUUUUCUUAAUUUCCAUAUCACUGGAGCUUAUGUGCUUUGUUUUGCACUUGUUGGUGAGAAGAACUCGUUUUGUCCAGUACUACACAAAUAAAUCUCUGCUCAAAAACUCACUGAUGAGGAGUCUGUCAGAGCCAAGCAUCCAUUAUAAAGUGCACCACAAUACCUAUGCAGAAGACGAGAACAGAGGUACCACCACUGAAAACAGCAUGGAAUUGCAGUCAGAUUUAACAACUAGAGGAACUUACGUCAGAUUUGAUGUUCCUGUGCCCAAAAUAAAAAGCUGCUGGCCAAACUUCAGAGACAUGAUGUUCCAUCGUUAUCUGGUGUUCCAAUUAAUAUGGGCAUAUAUGAUGUCUAUAUCUGUGACAUACUUCAUUACACUUUGCCUCUUUCCUGGUUUGGUGUCAGAGAUCAGAAACUGCACUAUGGGAGAGUGGCUUCCUAUCCUCAUUAUGGCUGUAUUCAACCUGUCAGAUUUUGUAGGCAAGAUAUUGGCAGCCUUGCCUUAUGACUGGCGUGGUAUUAAUCUACUCAUAUGUUCCAGCAUGCGUGUUGCUUUUAUUCCACUUUUUGUAAUGUGUGUGUAUCCAAGUGAGAAACCUACCUUCAGCCACCCUGCCUGGCCAUGCAUCUUCUCUCUCCUCAUGGGCAUUACCAAUGGAUAUUUUGGCAGUGUGCCUAUGAUCCUAGCUUCAGGGCAAGUAGUAAGAGAGCAACAAGAGCUGGCAGGAAACACAAUGACGGUUUCAUACAUGACUGGAUUAACACUGGGCUCAGCUGUAUCUUAUUUUGCCUACAGCCUGGCUAGUACAUCUAAAAGUAUAUGCUUCAUUCCACCGAUAUACAACAGUUCCUUGCCACCUGAAGUUUCAAUGUAACGUCUACAUACAACAAUGGUUUACUAGUAUUUAAAUUGUGGCAAUACUUUUAUUAUUUUCAGGCAGGUCUACCCACAAUGUUAUUCUAAAUGCCAUGUUCAGAUCUUUGACAAGUAUUGGGCUCAUGCUAAAGUGAUGUACUGUAAGCAUAUAAAAAUGGAUGCAAUUAAUUUCAAGGCCAUCAAACAACAAUACAUAUCAAGAUACCAUUUUUGCAUAUUUGACAAAGCUUUUUGUGUGAGCAGUUAUUAGAUAAAAUAAAGUGUUUUACCCCUAUAUAAAUUUGUAUAUUUAUAUUAACAUUUCAAUUCCAUUAUUUUCUUUUGAACAAUUAUAUGUAACAAUACCCUUCUUAUCCGCUAAGUAAAUUUAUUUAGUAUACAAUAGGCGAUAGGCUGCUAUUCUCACUAAGUUCCCUGUUAGCCGGAACCAAGAGAAUUAUACACAACAAUAGUGAGUCAGCGCCCCAAUGUUAUGGGUAUAACCAGAUUUAUAUUAAUCGGUAGUUGUACACUUCAAGUUCAGUAUAAUUCCUUUGUGUCCUUUCAGACAGAUACUAUAUGUUCCAAUUUCAAACGUUUAUUAAAAGUCCAUUUUACAUAAAAACGUAUACAGGUUGAGUAUCCCUUAUCCAAAAUGCUUGGGACCAGAGGUAUUUUGGAUAUCGGAUUUUUCCGUAUUUUGGAAUAAUUGCGUCCCAUAAUGAGAUAUCAUGGUGAUGGGACCUAAAUCUAAGCACAGAAUGCAUUUAUUUUUCAUAUACACCUUAUACACACAGCCAAUAUUUUAGCCAAUAUUUUUUAUAACUUUGUGCAUUAAACAAAGUGUGUCUACAUUCACACAAUUCAUUUAUGUUUCAUAUACACCUUAUAGACACAGCUUGAAGGUCAUUUAAUACAAUAUUUUUAAUAACUUUGUGUAUUAAACAAAGUUUGUGUACAUUGAGCCAUCAAAAAACAAAGGUUUCACUAUCUCAGUCUCACUCAAAAAAGUCUGUAUUUCGGAAUAUUCCGUAUUUCGGAAUAUUUGGAUAUGGGAUACUCAACCUGUACAUGAGAAAUGUGAUAACACAGUGGGGGUAAUUCAGACCUGAUCGCUAGGGUAUGUUUUUUGCAUCCCUGCGAUCAGGUUGUUGCUGCCUAGAGGGGGAGGAGGGUAUUACCUUUGUGCAGGUGUGCAUUUGCUUUUGUUGGAGACCUGCAAAAACAUCAGUCUGUGCAGUCUCUGCACUGGCCAGGACUUAGCUGCUGCGUUUAUUGGGGCCCGUGCUGAUGUCAGACACCCUCCCUCAACACGCCAGGUCCCUCCUGCGUUUUCCCGGACACUCCUACAAAAUGGUCAGUUGCCACCCCCAAAAACGGCCUCUUCCUGUCAAUCACCUUGCGAUCGCCCCUGUGAUCGCUUUUUUUGCACCAUCCCGUCGCUAUGCACCGUUGCCCGAACGCAUGCAGAACACAUGCGCAGUUCUGAUCUGAUCGCAGGCUGUGAGAAAACGCAGCCUAGUGAUCAGGUCUGAAUCGGCCCCAGUGUCCGUAUUUUGACAGAAAAUUCUUCUUGCUAGGAAGAUCAGGGAUCACAGUUAUAGGAAAAACACAAUUGUGAUCUUCCUAGCAAGAAGUCGGGAGAAGGAAUUUUCUGUCAAAAUACAGACACUGUUAUCACAUUUCUCAUGUGUAUGAUUUUAUGUGAAAUUUACUUUUAAUAAACUUAUGAAAUUGGAACAUAUAGUAUCUGUAUACUAUAUAUAUAUAUAGAUAGAUAGAUAGAUAGAUAGAUAGAUAGAUAGAUAGAUAGAUAGAUAGAUAGAUAGAUAGAUAGAUAGAUAGAUAGAUAGAAAAUCAAUUAUAUUUCUGCAAUGCCAAGAAUACGAGUAUGAAUACUAGAUAUAACAAGGACAUGGUUAAUUAAUUUUCAUAAAUUAGUCUGUUUCAUUCAUCUGUUAGUAGAGUAAGUAGAGGUAUCAAAUAGACAGAAUGAGAGAGGAAAAGGUCUUUUUACUAAAUAAUAGUGUCAAACUAUGAUUUUUAAAAUCUAAAAUGUGAUGAUGAUGAUGAUUAUUAUUAUUUAAUAAACAAGAAGGUAUUCUGGCAGGAUUUCAGCCAUUAUGCCAAAGUCCAUGAACGCCUAUAAAACUUGCAAUUACAUAGCGUCUUCUAAAUAAAGCUUUGUUUUCCAAGAUUGCAGCAGAUUGACCCUGCAUAUCACAAUUGUAUCACAUUGAAUGAAAUAAAUUAAAAAAAAGUGUUUAUGCUGA